AUGGAAAUGUCAGGAGAUUAUAUUAAUACCGAAGAAUACCCCACUGAAAUUCAUGAUUACCUCACAGCAUUUGAAAAAUCUCUUGGCUCUGUAGAUGAGAUGCUGAAGACAAUGAUGUCAGUUUCCAGGAGUGAGCUUCUCCAAAAGUUAGAUCCUCUUGAGCAAGCAAAGCUGGAUUUGGUUUCGGUGUACACAUUAAAUUCCUUGUUCUGGGUAUACUUGGCUACUCAGGGAAUCAAUCCAAAGGAGCAUCCAGUGAAACAAGAACUGGAGAGAAUAAGAACAUACAUGAACAAGGUCAAAGAAAUAGCAGACAAGAAAAAAGCAUCCAAACUCAAUAAAGGAGCUGCUUCUAGGUUUGUAAGAAAUGCACUCUGGGAACCAAAUGCUGAAAAUGAACGUACCUCCAAAACUCCUGCUAAAGGAAAAAAGAGAAAGAUGGACUAA